AUGUCUGCGAGCCAUGCGAAGGACGCCCCAGCAGGCGCAUCAGGAUCCACAUCACCGCCACCAGAAAGUACUAGCCAAAGCAGGGACCAUGACCCGGCAGUGACGACAGAGACUGAAAACAAGGCACCCACAGAGGAACAUAGCCCAGAAGACCAGGACAGCAGCAGAGACGACACACCACAACAAGAGGAGGAAAAAGAGGAGGGCGAAACAAAAGAUUCAGAUGCGCCACCAUUACCGGACGAAGUACCCCCGCCGCUCCCCAACGAAGCUCCGCCGGGCGACGACGACGGCUGGGAGCCCGUUUGGGAUCCCAAUGCGCAAGCAUUCUACUUCUACAACCGGUACUCGGGCCUCUCACAAUGGGAGAAUCCUAGGGUGCCGCAAGCAGCCACCGCCGCUGCCGCUGCCGCAGAGCCUCCCGCACCAGGCACAGAGGUACCAGCUCCGGUCGAGAAAGCCACGGCUCCGCUGGGCGGGUACAACCCUGCCAUUCACGGCGAUUAUGACCCGACGGCUCCUUAUGCGCAACACUAUGAGCGUCAGGAGGAAGAACACCAGGGCGUGCCGGGGAUGGGUGCGGUGAAUGCUGCCGGCUACGAUGCCGUUGGAUCGUUCAAUCGAUUCACGGGUCGAUGGCAGGCGGAGUCACAAAAUCCGGAGUACCACAAUGAUGAGAACAAGUCGCGGCGACAGAUGAAUGCGUACUUUGAUGUCGAUGCUGCGGCGAACUCGCAUGAUGGGCGGAGUUUACGGGCUGAGCGCAGCGCGAAGAAACUGAGCAAGAAGGAGCUCAAGGCGUUCAAGGACAAGCGGCGGGAGAAGAAGGAGGAGAAGAGGAGGGCGUGGCUGCGCGAUUGA